CCGGCGGAACUUCAGGUCAACAACUCGCCCGUGACGAGUAGAAACUAGCCUGAAGUGAAUUCAUCCAAAGUUGUUCGCACAUUACAGCGUGGAGAGGAGUUCAGAAGAGGAGGCAGGACAAUUUCGAAUCGUCGAAAAGCACAACGGUCAUGAGUCGUCACUGGACGGGCCGCCAGCAGCAGCGCCUCGUGUCUCAGCGCGAGAACCAGGAGCAGCUCAGGCUGCAGGAGGUCAAGCGCGUGCACCGAGAGAGGCAGCUGAAGGACGGCGUGCGGGCCGAGGAGAGCUUCGAGAGGAGGAGAUACCAGCGACAAAUGCAGGAGGAGCUCCAGGAGAGUCAAGUGCAGAGCGCACUGCUGACGGCGGAGGAGGAGAGAAUAAACAGAGAAAAGCAGCUCGAGCAAGAGGAGAGACUGAACGAGCAGCUGGCCCGCAUCAACUAUGAGACACAGAGAGAGGAGAAAAUGAGACAGAUUGUUAAAAUGAACAGCAUGGAGCUUCGAGAACUUGAGUCAAAGCUGAAAUCGGCAUAUUUGAAUAAGGAAAGGGCUGCACAAAUAGCCGAGCAGGCAGUAAUGAGAUUGGCAACCAUGCGUGAGGAGGCAGACUUUGCCCGCAAGAUGAAGAGCGAAUAUGAGCGAGCAGACGUUGAGAAGCAGAAAGUGGAACAGAGACGACUCGAGGAGCUGGUGAGGUGUCAGAGAGAGCUGGAGCAGCAGCUCGUGGAGCGGGAGCGCAAGAAACAAGAGGCAUACGAGGAAUUUCUCAAAGAGAAGGUCAUGAUUGAUGAGAUUGUCAGGAAGAUUUACGAAGAAGAUCAGACGGAGAGACAGCUGAAAUUGGAGAAGGUCAAAGCCACUCAGCAACACAUUGAAGAGUUCAUGAAACAGCAGGCCGAGUGGAGGCGCAUGGAGCAAGAGAAGGCCGAGGCCGAGAACCAACGCAUCAGGGAGUUUCUGAACCACCGGGAGAAUGUGGAGGAGAGCAGGAUGGCUAAGAUCAAAGAGAGAGAACGGGGAAAGGAGCAUCUUCAUAAAAUACUGUCUGAGAAGAUUGAAAAGGAGAGGCAGCAGCGGGAAGAGAUGGAGCGAGUCCGUGAGGAACUUUAUUUAGAAGAACAGGAAGAGGCGAACAGGCAGAGAGACAUUGAAGAGAUGGAGAAGAAAAUCCGGCAGAGGUUGACAAUCCAGCAGACCUGUCAGCAGCAGAUGGCUUUCAAAGAAAUGCGAAGGCGGACCGAAAAAGAGGAAGAGGAGGCCUUCCGCAAAAUAAUGAUGGCCAAGUUCUCAGAAGACGAUCGCUUGGAGCAGAUGAACGCCCAGAAACGACGCAUGAAGCAACUUGAGCACAAACGUGAGGUGGAGAAACUGAUAGAGGACAGAAGACGGCAGCAUGAGGCCGACAUGGAACUGGAGGCUAAAGAAAGAGCAAUCGAGCAGGAGAGGGAGGCGCUGCGUCGGCAGAUAAUUGAAGAGGAGAGGCUGCGACUUCUUAAGCGCCAUGCUACAAAUCUCCUUGGAUACCUACCAAAGGGCUUGCUCCGUGAAGAUGACCUGGAGCACUUUGAUGAAGACUUUAGAAAAAACUUUACGACACGUCAGGCAGAUAUUCUCUCUGAGGACGGCUGGGAUGGCGAUGGCUGGGAUGGCGAUAAGUAAAUUCCUCUCUAUGCCACCAGGUGUCAGUUUACGACAAGGGUAAACUGUAAUGCAAUUUGUAGUGACCAGAAAGUUCUUUCAUUUUCCAGCAUUCAUGAUAAAACUUGUGAAGCAGUCAGGAACAACAAAAUUAUUAAUUUACAUGUUUUUAUGUAGACUGGAGUGACAGGAUCUUAGUCAAAAUCAUUUCAGAAAAGAUCUGAGGCUGUCUGGUGACUAAGUGUGACAACAAUUUAGAGAAAAAUUCAAUUGGAGCCCAAAGUCUUCCCCCAGUCUAGAGCUUUCAGGAACUCGUCCUCUGUGAACGACAGCAGCUUGGCAGCUUCAAAAUGCAUCUGCAAAAAAAAAAGCAGUUGGUUAUUGAUUAAACUGUGUAUCCACAGGGUGUAUGAAAGAGAGCGAGUGACACAAACCUUUUGUCUUUUGAGAAUGUCAAUCAGCUUCUGCUGUUUCUUGAAACCCACAACAAGUUCUGCUUUCUGUUUUUUUAGCAUUUUGUUUUCAGCAAGUAGAUUUUCUUUACUGUGAUGGUCUUCGCUUAGCUUGUCCUUUAUUCAAAAUGAUUUUAAAAGAAUGCAAUUAGUGGAAGAAAAGCAGAUCCUCAUUUGUGUGUAACCUGAUGAAUCAUUUGCAAGCAAUAAAGAAUAUAUAAAUAUAUCAAAAUUCA